AUGUAUGUAAUUAAUAGAAGUAGCCCAACUGUUAAUCGAUGGUUGCAACUUGCAAGGUUGGGGACAGCCGGACAGGCUACCGGUUGCUAUAGCCGGUUUUUUUUAAUGAAGCGACCCACUUUGACCAACGCCACCAUUGGAAGACAGAUUCAUUUCUUUAUUCAAUCCNGAAUCUGUUUGUACAUUCCUAUGUCAUUUUCCAUUAGGCAACGAAGCAUAAUCGUUGGCAGUUUUUCCAGCAGUAAUAGUAGCACAUCAUAUUUCCCUUUAUCUUUUGAAAAGCUUGUUGGGCCGACAGAGUUGUGGAAUUAUUUCAGAACUGCCACUCCUCAUUAUAGUUACUCAAAAAUAGAUGCAGCUGCUAUUGUCCUCGAAAAGAAUGAGCCUUUCAGUUUUCGAACAGUCAUCAAGAAAUCCUUGCUUCACUUCCCCAAAUUGGAAGACUCAGAGGCGUUUUUAUCUAGUCUUUCUCUUCUUUCAGAAGAUCUGACUCUCCACAUUUCUGCAGUUCCAGAUCCACUUCCCAAAACUCAUCGCCAGAGAAUUGAAAUCCAGAUGGAGAUUCUCUCACUUGGCCCCUUGUUUGGGCGCUACUGGUCUUUGAGUAAUUUUACCAAGGACGAGGAGACUCCUUACCACACGAAAGCAGAAUAUACUGAAAAGCAGCUCCUUUUGAAUGUAUCAGCUCAACUCUCAAUUAUUGGAAUAUCUUAUAGCAAUUUCUCUGCGAUCUUUUUGGAGGGUCUUUAUGAUCCACAUGUUGGGAAGAUGUAUCUCGCUGGUUGCAGGGAUGUCCGAGCCUCCUGGAACAUCCUAUUUGAGAGUAUGGAUCUUGAAUCUGGGUUGGAUUGUUUAAUUGAAGUGGUGGUGUCAUACCCACCUACUACAUCUCGGUGGUUGGUCAAUCCAACUGCUACCAUUGCCAUUGCCAGCCAAAGGAAUGAUGAUGACCCCCUCCAUUUUAGCACAAUUAAGCUACAAACUCUUCCUAUUAUAUACAGGAAGCAGAGGGAAGACAUUCUCUCUCACAGGGGGGUUGAGGGAAUUCUCCGGAUUUUGACACUCUCAUUUGCAAUCGCUUGCAUUUUUAGUCAAUUGUUUUACAUCAAGCAUAAUUUGGAUUCUGUUCCAUUCAUGUCCCUUGUCAUGCUAGGCGUCCAAGCUCUUGGCUAUAGUCUUCCUCUGAUCACAGGAGCAGAAGCUCUCUUUAAGAAACCGGCUCCUCAAUCUUCUUAUGAAAUGGAGUCUUACAACCUUGAGAAGAGUCAGUGGUUCCAAGUGAUUGAUUACACAGUAAAGAUCCUUGUAAUGGCAUCAUUUCUACUAACUCUAAGGCUCAUUCAAAAGGUGUGGAGAUCUCGUAUCAGAUUACUUUCACGGGCCCCUCUUGAACCUCACCGUGUCCCUAGUGAUAAGCCAGUGCUUCUUACUACCUCGACUAUACAUGUGAUUGGGUAUAUACUUAUUCUGAUUAUUCAUUCUGUGAAAACUCGUGAGAAAACUGAGAAUUUUAGAUAUUCGAGAGGUAGUUCCCACACACGCCCAGAGUGGGAAACUGAACUGGAGGAGUAUGUGGGUCUUGUUCAAGAUUUUUUCUUGCUCCCUCAAGUUAUUGGUAAUCUUUUGUGGCAGAUAGAUUGUAAGCCACUAAGGAAACUAUAUUUCAUUGGAAUCACAGUAGUCAGGCUUCUCCCUCAUGUAUAUGAUUACAUACGAUCUCCUAUUCCGAAUCCUUACUUUGCUGAGAAAAAUGAGUUUGUGAAUCCCAGUUUGGAUUUUUACUCCAAGUUUGGGGAUAUCGCCAUACCUGUGACUGCAGUUUUUCUUGCAGUUAUAGUCUAUAUUCAGCAGAGGUGGGAUUAUGAGAAGCUUAGCCAGAUUCUUACUUUCAGGCACUAUAAGCUUCUCCCUUCUGGGUCCAGAGUUUAUGAGAGGAUACCUUCCAAGUCCAUCGAAGCAGAACUUGCCUCUGGUGGCAAUGGGAAUGCCACACGUGGGCAAGAGCAUGGUGACGAUGACGAUGACGAUGAAUAGCAUCGCGUUCUUUCAACAUUACUAACAGACACAGUUGUAAACAUACACUAAAGUAGCUACAUUUUUGUGGUUCUUUCAUGUAUGAGACUGUCGUCUUCUGGACACUGAAGCCUGAAGGUAUAAACUUUGUUUUAUCGUGCAUACUUUUAAUUUAUCGGUUUUGAUGUGUAAAAAACGUUGUGAUAAAUUUAAUAGUCCCACAUAUUGGUGUUUAAAGUUCUUCUAAGGUUAUGUGAAGAUUCUUGCUGGUUGAUCUUUUCCUUGUUGCAUAUAUGCAGUUGAU